UCAAGUUAGUGUAUCGGUAUGUGUACAAAGUUGAUUGUAAUAGUUAUUUUAGAACAGAAGAAAUCUAGAAUAAUAAUCGUACAUGCAUGAUGAAUAAAUUUUAUCCAUUUUGUAGAACCCCACCUAUAUAAUUCUAUAUAAACCCCUCAUAUCCCUACUCCUACUCCAAUACAUCAACCAAAAACAUUUCAAAAACCGUACAAUAUAAUUCCUUAAUACUACUUCACAUUGUUAUCCUUGAUAUCACCAAAAUAUACUGUAAGAAAAAAUGGGAGCAAGAUUGUCUACAAUCCCAGAAAAUAGAUCAUCUGUGGUUACAGCAACCGCAGUUCCGGCUCCAUGCCCUCCGGCUUAUAAUAAACCGGCCGCUAAUCGUGACCGAUACCGUUGGUCUAACAACUAUAAUGACAAUAGGGUACCCGCUGCUCCUGUUUGUGCCACAUUACCCCCUUCUUAUUCCAACCCCUCUAAUAAUAAUAACUUUAUGGCCCCUUCAUUUUCUGCCUCUAGGGUGCCAUCUGUUGUUGUCAAUGGAGGCGGCGAUGUUGCUGGUGGUAAAGUUAGUGGUGUCAAAGCCGCCGAUAACAAGGAAGUCAUUGCCUUCCAUUCCUCUACCAAGUGGAAGGAAUACUUUGAAGCCUCCAAACAGUCUAACAAGCUGGUUGUGAUAUAUUUCACGGCGACUUGGUGUGGACCAUGUCGUUAUAUGGAGCCAACCAUCAAAGAGAUAGCUGCUAAAUACAGUGAUGUUGAUGUGGUCAAGAUUGAUGUGGAUGAGCUAUUUAAUGUAUCGUGUGAGUAUGGAGUACAAGCAAUGCCAACAUUCUUGCUCAUGAAGAAGGGAAAGCAAAUCGACAAGAUUGUGGGAGCCAGGAAGGAAGAUCUUCAGAAUAAGGUUGAGAAGCACAGGGCUUAAAUUGCAGUGCUUGGUUCAUACAGUAUAGUAGUAGUAUCAAGCUAAAGUAGUUUUAAUUAGUGAAGCAUCAAUAAAAGUUUGAUCAAUGAGCGUUUUCUUUACCAUAUACUAUAUAUGUAUGUAGUAGUAAUAUUUGCUGAUAUAUCAUGAUUGUAAACUUGAGGUUAAGGAUAUGUAAAAACCUACUUCGUAUUAUGUAAUAGUACUUUUUUAUAUAUCCCUACCUUAUAAAAAGUAGAAAGUUGUUCUUAUGAAUA